AUCAGUGGAAAAAUGUAUUAAUGUUAUUUUCUUAUUUAUAAAUUUGUUUUUGUUUUUCCGUCUGGAGAGAGAAAGCCACAUGCUCAGAGCAAAGCAGUAAAAAAAAGAAAAAAAAGAAAAAAAUUAAAAGCGACGAAGCCAGUCAUUUCGGGUGAAGAAAGAGACUGGGCUGCGGCGUCUGGAGGGUUAACUUUCUGUAUUCCCAGCCUAAAAGAGGUUUGGGGGGCUAUGAGAUAAAGAUGCCGGGGUCGCUGAGUAAUGAAGACGAGGGACAGGACGACAUGGAUUUUGAAGACGAUAUGCCAGAUGAGGAUGAUGAAGGUGAGCGCAACAGUGUUCCUCUCAUGCCCCUCGCCAGCUUCUUCUCUGAUGAUGACUCCCUCAAACAGCAAAAGAAGAAGAAGAAACCGAAAAAGAUGAAAGAGGGCAAAAUACCCAAAGUAAAGAAGAGGAAAAAAGAGGGAGGACUCCAGACAAGAGUGGACAGCGACCUGGAGGAGAUCUCUGAGGAGCCGAAAUCCUCCAGUCAGUUGAUGCUUGAAUGGGGCCUUGAGGAUGUUCAGUACGGCUUCACGGAGGACGACUACAAAACCAUCACAAACUACAAGGCUUUCAGCCAGCCUCUCAUCGCCAAGAAGAAUCCCAAGAUUCCCAUGUCGAAGAUGAUGACAGUGCUCGGGGCCAAGUGGCGGGAGUUCAGCGCCAACAACCCGUUCAAAGGCGCAUCUGCCACCGCCGUGGCCGCUGCUGUGGCCGCCGCCGUGGAAACGGUUACCGUGGCACCGCCAACCUCUGUCAGCAGCAGCCAGCUGGGCUCUCAGCUGGGUCCAAUCAAAAAAGCCAAAACCAAAGAGGGGAAGGGACCAGGAGUUAGAAAGAAAAGCAAGACAGUGAAAGAAGUGAAGAAGAAACCCAAGCCGAAAAAGACCAAAUCGAAGUCGGGCCAAAGUGGAAAGAAGAAGAAGGCAUCCUCAAGCGAGGAGGACUUCCUGGAGGAGUCAGACUUUGAUGACAUCAGCAUCCACAGCGCAUCUGUGCUUUCUGAUACCUCGGGGGCCACCAACAAGAAAAAAGCCCGGCGUGGGCGGAAAAAAAGGAAAAAGGAGGACGGCGAUGGGUACGAGACAGACCACCAGGACUAUUGUGAGGUUUGCCAGCAAGGUGGAGAAAUCAUCCUGUGUGACACCUGCCCAAGAGCCUACCACCUGGUCUGUCUGGACCCUGAGUUGGAGAAAGCUCCCGAGGGUAAAUGGAGCUGUCCACACUGUGAAAAGGAGGGAAUCCAGUGGGAGGCCAAAGAUGAGGAGGAGGACGAGGAGGAGCCUGCCGGUGAGGAAGAGGACGACCACAUGGAGUUUUGCAGAGUGUGCAAAGACGGAGGAGAGCUUCUGUGUUGCGACACCUGCCCCUCGUCCUACCACAUCCACUGCCUCAACCCGCCUCUGCCUGAGAUCCCCAAUGGCGAGUGGUUGUGUAAAGUACAAAAGAUUCUGCACUGGAUGUGGGGAGAGCCCCCGCUGCCAGCCGAACUCCCCGCUGGCCCUGAUGGCAAGCCAGCAGAUCCUCUGACCAAGCCCCCACUCAAGGGCCACCCAGAGAGGGAAUUCUUCGUUAAGUGGGCUGGCCUUUCCUACUGGCACUGCUCCUGGGUCAGCGAACUGCAGUUGGAGCUGUACCAUACAGUCAUGUACCGAAACUACCAGAGAAAGAACGACAUGGACGAACCGCCACCAUAUGAUUAUGGCUCCGGAGAGGAGGAGCUUAACAGUGAGAAAAGGAAAAGUAAAGACCCUCAGUACGCUGCGAUGGAGGAGCGCUUUUAUCGCUAUGGCAUUAAACCAGAAUGGAUGAUUAUCCAUCGGAUUCUGAACCACAGUUAUGACAAGGAUGGGGAUGUUCAUUACCUGAUUAAGUGGAGAGACCUGCCCUAUGACCAGUGCACCUGGGAAGUGGAUGACUUUGACGUCCCAGAGUACAACACUUAUAAAGCUUUGUACUGGGACCACAGAGAGCAAAUUUUGGGGGAGGAUCAGCGUCCCCUUGUGGCAAAGAGAGGAACGAAACUGAACGAGGACCAUCCCAAGAGGGAGGUCCCUCCUGACGCCCCCAUCAUAGACCCAACCAUCAAGUUUGAGCACCAGCCCUGGUACAUUAACGCCACCGGUGGAACCCUCCACCCAUACCAACUGGAAGGCCUGAACUGGUUGAGAUUUUCCUGGGCGCAGGGGACAGAUACCAUCCUGGCUGAUGAAAUGGGUCUGGGAAAGACAGUGCAGACAAUAGUUUUCCUCUACUCACUGUAUAAAGAGGGUCAUUCUAAGGGGCCUUUCUUGGUGAGCGCACCUCUAUCUACCAUCAUCAACUGGGAGAGAGAAUUUGAGAUGUGGGCUCCAGACUUCUAUGUGGUGACCUACACUGGAGACAAAGAAAGCAGGGCCAUAAUCAGGGAGAACGAGUUCACAUUUGAGGACAGCGCUGUCAAAUCUGGACGCAAAGUGUUCCGGAUGAAGAAAGACACUCCAAUCAAGUUCCAUGUGCUGCUGACGUCGUACGAACUGAUCACAAUAGAUCAAGCCAUUCUGGGCUCCAUCACGUGGGCGUGCCUGGUGGUGGAUGAGGCUCACCGACUGAAGAACAACCAAUCAAAGUUUUUCAGAAUUCUCAACGGGUACAAAAUCUACUACAAGCUGCUGCUCACUGGGACUCCUCUUCAGAAUAACCUGGAGGAGCUGUUUCAUCUGCUCAACUUCCUCACCCCAGAGCGCUUCAAUAACCUUGAGGGCUUUCUGGAGGAGUUUGCGGAUAUCUCUAAAGAAGACCAGAUCAAGAAGCUCCACGACCUGCUUGGACCCCACAUGCUCAGGAGGCUGAAGGCUGAUGUCUUCAAGAACAUGCCAGCAAAGACAGAACUGAUUGUCAGAGUAGAGCUCAGCCCCAUGCAGAAGAAAUAUUAUAAGUUUAUUUUGACCAGAAACUUCGAGGCGCUGAAUUCCAAAGGCGGAGGUAACCAGGUGUCCCUACUCAACAUUAUGAUGGACCUGAAGAAGUGCUGCAAUCACCCCUAUCUGUUCCCAGUGGCUGCUGUGGAGGCUCCUGUUUUACCCAACGGUUCAUAUGACGGCAACCUGCUGGUGAAGUCCUCAGGAAAACUGACGCUGCUUCAGAAAAUGCUGAAGAAGCUGAAAGAUGAAGGGCACAGAGUUCUUAUUUUCUCUCAGAUGACAAAGAUGCUGGAUCUUCUGGAGGAUUUUCUAGAGUUUGAGGGUUAUAAAUAUGAACGUAUUGAUGGGGGGAUUACUGGAGGCCUUAGGCAGGAGGCCAUUGAUCGCUUCAAUGCUCCGGGCGCACAGCAGUUCUGCUUCUUGCUUUCCACUCGAGCCGGUGGUCUGGGCAUCAACCUGGCCAGUGCCGACACAGUCAUCAUCUAUGACUCCGACUGGAAUCCACACAAUGACAUCCAAGCAUUCAGCAGAGCCCACCGUAUAGGCCAAAACAAGAAAGUGAUGAUCUACCGUUUUGUGACCCGGGGCUCAGUGGAGGAGAGAAUCACUCAGGUUGCAAAGAGGAAAAUGAUGCUGACGCACUUGGUGGUGCGGCCUGGCCUGGGAUCCAAAACUGGCUCCAUGUCCAAGCAAGAACUGGAUGAUAUCCUCAAAUUUGGAACUGAAGAGCUUUUUAAGGAUGAAAUGGAGGCAGCACGAGCCAUGGGUGAUAACAAAGAUGGUGAGGAGGGCAAUGUGAUUCACUACGAUGAUGAUGCCAUUUCAAAGCUGCUGGAUCGCAGCCAGGAUGCCACAGAGGACACAGAGAUCCAGAACAUGAACGAGUACCUGAGCUCCUUUAAGGUAGCUCAGUACGUGGUGAAGGAGGAAGAUGGAGAGGAGGAGGUGGAGCGCGAGAUUAUCAAGCAGGAGGAGAACGUGGACCCCGACUACUGGGAAAAACUCCUCCGCCAUCAUUACGAGCAGCAGCAGGAGGAUCUGGCACGCAAUCUGGGCAAAGGCAAGCGCAUCAGGAAGCAAGUUAACUACAAUGACACGACCCAGGAGGACCAAGAAUGGCAGGAUGAUCUUUCAGACAAUCAGUCGGAGUACUCUGUGGGGUCCGAGGACGAGGACGAAGAUUUCGAGGAGAGGCCUGAAGGUGGAAGGAGACAGUCUCGCCGGCAGCUCAAGAAUGAGAAAGACAAACCUCUGCCACCCCUACUGGCCCGUGUCGGAGGCAGUAUAGAAGUCCUGGGGUUCAACGCCCGUCAGAGGAAAGCCUUCCUCAACGCCAUCAUGCGCUGGGGCAUGCCGCCUCAGGAUGCGUUCAACUCCCAUUGGCUGGUUAGGGACCUGAGAGGGAAGAGUGAGCGGGAAUUCAGGGCCUACGUGUCCCUGUUCAUGAGACAUUUAUGUGAGCCAGGGGCCGACGGAGCGGAGACCUUCGCUGAUGGAGUCCCCCGUGAGGGACUGUCUCGUCAGCAUGUUCUCACCAGAAUCGGAGUCAUGUCGCUUGUCAGGAAAAAGGUGCAGGAGUUUGAACACGUAAACGGGAAGCUGAGCUCUCCGGAUCUGAUUCCCAUUGGUAUGGAGCUGAAGAAACUGAUUGAGAGUGUGUCCUCUGAUCCCAACACUCCGGUGCCUGCGAGCCCUGUAGCCACACAGCCCGGCACCCCCAUCCCACCAGAGAGGACAGAGUUUUUGCCGGGUACCACCGAGGACAAGGAGACCACAGAGCAAGAUGGAAAGAAACUGUCAGAGCAGGAAGCUUCCAAUGCCGACCCAGCAUCUGCACCUGAGAAGACGGCUGACAGUGAAGAGAGCAAAGUCAGUUCAGAGGAGAAAUCUGGAGAAGAGAAGAGUAGAACUGAAUCCCCCUCUGCCAAGGCCGAGGGUCCAUCUGCCAACCCAAAAGAGUCCGCUUUCAAACUAGCAGAAACGCCAUCCAGUCAGACUUCACCUAAGAUGGACCGCUGCAAAGAAACUGAAAAGUCCUCAGAAAAAGGAGACGCUGGCUCUUCUCUGGAUAAAAAUGAAGACAAAGAAAUCAAAUCAGAUUAUGUGAAGAGCGAAGACGUGUUGGAAGGUCGAAUCAACGGCGACAAAGACACGUUGGAAGAGAUGGAUGAGAGUAGGAGAGAGGAUAAAAAUGGAUUCAAAGCAAAGUUCAUGUUUAAUAUUGCUGACGGAGGCUUCACAGAGCUGCACACUCUGUGGCAAACUGAGGAGCGAGCGGCGCUGUCUUCUGGAAAAAUGCAUGACAUCUGGCACCGUCGCCAUGACUACUGGCUCUUGGCUGGCAUCCUGUUGGAGCAGGCGCUGGUGAUUGAGGAGCAGCUGCGGAGGGCAGCCUACCUCAACAUGACCCAGGACCCCAGUCAUCCCGCCAUGGCCCUCAACACUCGCUUCGCCGAGGUGGAAUGUUUGGCCGAGUCCCACCAACACCUGUCCAAAGAGUCUCUGGCAGGGAACAAGCCCGCCAAUGCAGUGCUCCACAAAGUGCUGAACCAGCUGGAGGAACUCCUGAGUGACAUGAAAGCAGAUGUGACACGACUGCCCAACAUGCUGUCCAGGAUCCCGCCGGUGUCGGCCCGCCUGCAGAUGUCUGAGAGGAGCAUACUGAGCCGCCUCACCAGUAGAGGCAGCGAACCUCCUCCACAGCAGCCUUUCAGCCAGGGCGGCUUUGGCUGCUCCCAGAUGUACAGCAGCAGUUUUGGCGGGGGAUUCAGAGGUCCGGGCGGCCAGCCCAUGGUCAACUACAGUCAGAUGCCACUCGGACCUUAUGUCAGCGUGUCCUCCAAUGGCCCGCCACCACCCACAAGCCAUCUGGACAAGAAAUCACUGGACUCCUUGAGAGAUGUGGUGACACCUGAUCUAAAAUCAGGCAAACCCAGUGAUGUUAUCUGCAUCGAGGACUAG